AUGUUAAAGAAUAGACCUAUUCUAUGUGCUGAGGAGCCUAUUGAAGAAGAUUAAUAUUUUAUGUAGGCGUUUUAGGUUGAAUAAGAAGUUCCUAAUGUUAGUGUAAGUAUUAGUGAAGCAAGUGAUAGUUAAAAUGAUUCGAAAAAACCCUUUGAAAUUCCCUAAGUCUUAGUUGAACAUCAUGCUAAAGAAAAAUAAAAAGAUGAAGAGUAAUUUACUAAAUCAGAAGCAAAAAAGGCUUUUUCUAAAUUAGUUUAACUCUUUCAUAUAAGAUAAUUUAUACAUUAGAUUCUUUCCAAGAGAAGAUUGAUAUCAAAAAUAACGAAAUACCAUUUAUAAGUGAUUAAUGAUAAAGCAUCUUCACUUGAUGAUGUUGAUUUUAGAAAAUAUGCAAUUACAAUUAAACCAUUUAUUUCAAGUUUAAAAGAAACUACAUAAGCUCACUUAAGGAAUCCACAGUAAAAAUGAUUAUAAUAUUAAUUUUAGAACAAAUUAAUUGUUAUUGUAACAAGCGAAAAUAUUUAUAGGAAUUUAAGUGGAGAGAUUUUAUAAGCUCAUCUAGAAAAUUCCAUUAAUUAAACCAGAUUCAAAAAUGAAAGUAGUUUGGGAUAGUGUUUUAUUUGUUUGCAGAUUUUAUUUACUAUUUACAAUUCCAAUAGAUUUAGCUUGGCCAUCAAUAUAAUUGUUAUUUUAUACACUAGAAGUACCAACUGUGUUAUGUAUAACACUUUUGAUACUUGAUUUUUUUGUAAGCAUUUUUUAAUCUUACUAUCAUCAAGGAUAAUUGGUAACAGAUAGAUUGAGUAUUUUAAAGCAUUAGAUAGGUAAAGCAUAUGGCUUUGAAAUAAUUGCUAAUAUUUUACUUAUCGUAUUUUAUAAUAUCGCUAAUCAGUAUGAUUACGGCUUUAAUGUUUUUGAAAAUCCUUAUUAUAUCUUUCUAUUUCUAUAAUUUGUACAAUAUAACAAUAUUGCUUAACUUAGGUAAUAAUUAGAAGAUGCUUUGAAUUUAUCAAGGGAAGCAUCUUCAAUAAUGGAGCUUUCUAAAUUAUUUGUUUUAUUAUUUUUUGUUAUACAUGUUUUUGCAUGUUUGUGGUUUUGGGUGGGACUUUAUAGUGAGACAUAUCUUGGUAAUAGUUGGCUUGAGGCUAAAUAGAUUUUAGAUAGAUCUUUUGCUGAUCAAUAUUUGUACUCAUUUUAUUAUUCAACUGUAACAAUGUUCACUGUAGGUUAUGGUGAUAUAACACCUUAGACAAAUCCAGAAAUGAUUGUAUCAAUCAUAUUUAUGUCUGUUUGUAGUGUUUAAUUAUCUUACAGUGUAAGCACUGUGAGUUCUAUUAUUGAAUAGAUUAGUGGUUUUAAAGAGGAGAAGAAAAGAAAGUUUAAUAUUAUUAAUAAUUAUAUGGAAUCAAAAGCUAUUAGUUAUGAGUUACAAUUUCAGAUAAGGGAAUAUCUAAAUUAUUAUUGGACAAUGAAAAGGAAUGAUGAAUCGAAUUAGGAAAAAGAAAUCAUUGAUGAAUUAUCAAGUAGAUUAAAAUAGAAAUUAAUUUUUGAAGCUAAUUCUCGAAUUCUUUAUAAUAGUCCUUUUUUUAAAGAGAACUUUUCAUUAAAUUUUAAAAAAGAACUUGUAAGUAAAAUUACUUCAACUACAAUUGCUCCAGAGAAUGUUCUUGAUUAUACAAAACAAUUAUAGGAUGAAAAUAAUUUGUCAAUAUUUUUUAUAGAAUAAGGAUAAAUUGAGGUGUUUAUUGAAAAUGAAUAAUUAAGUGAAUUAUCAAGAGUUAGUAAAUUAAAGGAAGGUGAAAGCUUUGGAUUUGUAAGUUUUAUAACUGGUACUCCUAGUAUAGAAAAAUAUAAAACUAUAGGUUUUACUAAAUUAUUAAUAAUAAAAAGGAAAGACUUUUUGGAAGUAAUAAAAGAUUAUCCUGAUGAUUAUGAAGUAUUUUAUUCUUUUUUUGAAGAAUUAACAUUCAAUUCUGAAACAGAAUUAUUAACUUUGGAAUGUUUUUCUUGUAAAUCAAAAACUCAUAAAGCAAUUUCAUGUCCUCUCCUUCAUUUUAAACCAGAUCGAGAGAAGAUUAUUAAAACAGCUUAAUUUAGUAUAGAAUAAGAGAGAAAUACAGAAAAAAAAAGAAAAGAAAAAUGUUAUAUUAAGGCUAUUUUGGGUUAAAGUAUAUUAAAUGAUGUAGCUAAAUAAGUAUAAUAAGAUAAUCAAUAAUUAACAUACAUAUAUGAAGAGUAGGAUGAAGAAAAAUAAGUCACUCCUUAAAUUCAAUUAAAUGAAAACUCAGAAAAAUCAUCUGAGAUAAGAUUUACUUCCGAAGAAUAGAAAAUUCGUAUUUUUGAUUUUAAGGAAGAUACAUUAAAACCACCAAGUUAGUAGAAAAAAUAAUUGUUAAGAAAAAAGUAAACUUUAUCAGACAUAGGAGAAAUUAUGUAAUUUAGUAAAAAGUCAAAAGAAACUAAGGAGAAGUUUAAAAAUAUAGUUAAGAAGGUUAAUCUUAUAAAUGAAUUUAUUGAAAAGUAGGUGGAAGAUUCUUAGCAGAGAAGUCUAUCUUAACAUAAAGAAUAUCUCAAUAUUAUUUAAUAUAGAAAAAGUAAGAUUUAACACAUCAAACAUAUUUAUUCGGAUAAGACUAACAAUGAAUUAGAAUUUUUUGAACUCAAACUUAAAAUGCUCUUAUAAACAGAAUUUGAUAUAAUUUUAGAUUCAUAGAAAUCUUAUAAAUAUUUUAGACCAAAAGAUAAUCUUUUUUAAGUUUUAAGCAGGACAAAAAUAUCAAUGCUAUCAAGUACAAAUGAUAAGCAAAUCUUAAUAUAAUAAAAAACUUAGUAAUUUAUAAAGUAUUUAUUUUAUCCAUAUUUAUACAUUUAAAAAUAUGUAUGUAAAUAAAAGCAUCCAGAUUAUGUUGGAGAGACAAAGAAAAAAUAAUUAAUGAGAAGAAACAAUAGAAUAUCUCUUGCAUUUAUAAUGCAAUAACAUUCAUCUAUUAAAAAACCUUGA